AUGAUAGGACAAUUUGUAAGGAGACCGGUGGCUCCUCAGCGCACAUAUUAUGCUCAAGGAUAUCCGACACAACAAUUCGCAACUCCACAACAAGGUUUUCAGCCAACAACCAGCAAUUUCUCUCAAAAACCAGCAGAAUCACGAGCACAAAAACAAGUUGGAGCGAAUUUCUUGCCUUCAGUCGUCAAUGAAGCAUAUCAUAAUGUUUUGGAGCAAGUUGUGACGGCGAUGUGCUAUAAAUCCGGAUUUGAUGACAUUGAGGAGGGCGCGUUGGAGACUUUAAUGCUUCUUUUUCAUUCUUACAUAAAACGAAUCGGUGAGCAAUCUCGGCUGGGUUGUGAAGUGGCUGGACGAACGAUAGUCAGUCCGGGCGAUGUUUGGUUUGCACUAAUUAAUAUGGGUAUUUCGGUGAAGGAGCUAUCAGAUUUCCAGCAGGAUCAAAUUGUCUCCUCAUUGACUGUUCAUCCGCCCGAAAUCAUCCCACCCGAAGCGAAAACUCAAGCUCUCCGAAUCGGAACACCACGACCACAUCCGAAUUAUGUAUUUGAAUGGUUGCCACCACUUCCAGAUCCACAUACUUAUAUCAAAACGGAGAUCAACGAAGACAUUGAUUUCUCGUAUGAACGAGUACGGGAUGCGAUGGCUAAAAAGAAGCGAAACGCGACUGCGUCUCUCGUCAAUUAUAUGAUUCGAAACUAUCCAUCGUUGUGUUUAUUCCGAAAUUUCGAGAAAAUUAUUCAUGAGCAAGUGAAGAAAACGUUCAACGAAGAAAGUGAGAAGAAACGGAUGGAGGAGGCGUUCAUCGCGUUUCGUGAUCUACUUCAGACGAAAGAUAUCGAGGAAGUGGAGAAUGUGGGAAAAAUGUUAUUCAAUAAGGGAUUGAUUAAUAAACAUGAAAUGGAAUCAGGCACAGAAGUUGUGUGUAUGUGUUCGGACGGUGCAUUGAUCGAUCAGUCCGGAAAACGUGUUCACCUAACGAAUUCCACUUUAAUCGAUUUCGAGGAACGAGACAAAAUUUCGAAGAGUAAAACGAGAAUGAGCGCGUGUGGAGAUGGUGCUGAGUCGUUGAGAUAUCACUGGCCAGUCGACGAGAUGCUAGACGAACUAAUCGAACUUGACUCGUGUACGAUGGAUUUGGGCGAUGAGAAACCCGAUGAAAUGAAAUAUAUGCAAGAGAAGAUGACAUUCCAAUAUCUGCCAGAAUGGUGUCAUGUCUUAGUGCCUUCAUUCGAGCAUCGUGCCUAUUUGGUGUCUGAUGAUGUGAAAGCGGAUAUGGAAUCAAGGAGAGAAAGGGAGAAAGAGGAAAAAGAGGAAAAAGAUGCGAAUGAGGAGGAGAAAGAUGGCGAGAAAAAGGCGAAAGAGGAGGAGAAUACGCACUCGAACCUCUACCUGUAUCCACCGAUUCCUGAUGACGACGACGAUUUCAUGGAGGUCGUGAUGGAGGAACCGAAAACCGAAGAACCAGAUUUGAUUGAAUAA